ACUCCUGCCCAUAAGUUCAAUGAAAAUCUAUGUUGGAAAUAUGUACGGCGAACAACUUUUGGAUUUUCAUCUGACCAGUGAUGCAUGUUAUGGCAAUUAAAAGCACCAUUCCUAGUAAAUAUUGACUCAUCCGACCAUAAUAUUCUAGGAAUAGUGUUUUCAUUUGCUAAUAUCCACUGGGAAAGCUCGAUUCGUGGUAAAAAAUCUGCCUCCGUUAAAUGCUGCACCCGUUUAAAAUGAUAAGGAUGUAAUCCUUGCAUUCGUGUCAUUCUUCCUAUCUAAAAUUAUUAUUUUUAGGAUAACUAUCCAAUAGGUAUUCAUAAAUUUUUCUUACUAUUGAUCGAGGUAUAUCCAUAAUUUCUGAAACAUUUCGUAUGCUUAUUUGCGGAUUAUUUUCAAACAUAUUUAAAGCAAUAUCAAUACGAUGAUUUCCCAGUGGCCUUCCUGAGCCCUGCAUGCGCUGAAAACUUCC